UAAAGGAUGAUUCGAUUCCAGAUCGGUGUCGGGAAUGUGCAUUCAUCGUUCGGCUUAUUUUGCUAGCACCGAUUCCCAGCUUUCUGGUUUCUACCGGUCUCUCGUGCAUUCCCCCUCCGCUGACUUUGACAGAUUCCCGGUUUGAGGGAAUUUACUCUUGUCAGAAGAUGCAACACAGCACUCCAGCCGGAAUUAUCGUCGGGACCACCAUUCUCCAAGUGGUGAGCGCGGGAAGUGUUGGUUUGCGAUUUUACACUCGAUUUUGGAGGCGAUCCAGCAUUCUCGUCUCGGAUUGGCUUAUUUUGGCUGCCUUUGUGCUGGCUACUGGCUUGACCAUCACUGAAUACUAUGGAAUUGCCGUAAAAGCUUUUGCCUAUCCAAUCAGUUUGACAUUUCACGAUGCCAAUGCUGCCAAUCGACAACUUGUGCAGUUGAACAACUUACAAAACGUGAUCUUUCUCACAAGUAUUCCAGCUUUAGGGCUAAUCAGAGUGUCCGUAUCGCUGUUGUACUGGCAUCUGUUCGCGGCCGUCAAACUUCGGAGAUUCCUGAUUUUCUGGAUUGUGCUCAUGGUUGCGUGGACGUUGGCUUUCUUCAUUUGCAAAGUUGUCGAGUGCAGAGGGCGUCUCGAUGCGCUGGACCCAAUGGAAAGACGAAAAUAUUGUGGCGCGUGCCGGAACUCGGGUUACGUCUACGCUGGGAGUGGUAUACUCGCUGAUCUGAUUACACUUCUUAUACCGCUUCCGAUAGUUAUAUCGCUAUCGCUGCCAACGAAACAGAAGUGUCUUGUGCUCGCCACCUUCAUGAUCGGUGCUUUGUCGGUGGGAGCAAGCAUAGCGAAAGGCUAUAUGUAUAUCGUGUCAAUGAUGAACAAUGCGAAAUGGGAUGCUGCUUUGCUCCUCGGAGACUUCUCAAUGUGGAAUCUAGCAGAAGUUCAGGUUGGUAUCAUCGCAGCAUGCGGGAUGACCUUGCGGCCCACACUUGCAAGAAUCCUUCCAAUAGGCCGUAUGAAGGCGAUUUUCAGGAAAACGAACGAAGAAAGCGAGCCGAAGGACCCUACAUUGCCCUCAUUCGUUAGGCCUGAGCGUAUUGAUAGCCCACGAGAGGGACAGAUGUCAUCUCUUGGUCCUCGAAAUGUGCGAUAA